GUGGGCGGCUAUUUCAUCUGCAACGGGCUUGAGAGGAUCAUCCGCAUGCUGAUACAGCAACGCCGCCAUUACGUAAUGGGCCUCAGGCGCUCGGCCUACCAGAAACGCGGGCCCACCUUCACAGAUGUCGCCACGCUGCUCAGGUGCGUUCGGCGGGACGAGACGUCGGCGACGGUGCGAUGCCACUACUUGAAGGACGGCUCCGCCUCUUUCGCGUUCACCAUUGGACGCGCCGAAUAUUUCGUCCCGGUCGGAGUGCUGCUCAAAUGCUUCCUGGAAGCCUCGGACCGCGAACUGUUCAGCCGCCUGAUAGCGCUGAUUCCCCAGGACCCAGGCGGCAACGGCGAUUCGGCAGUGUCGGACUGCGUAGAGCGGCUGCUGCGGGCGCCAUCGCAGCUGGGCUUGCACACGCGCGCGCAGUGCCUCGAAUACCUCGGAUCGCUCUUCCGCGGCGCGAUAGAAGCAACCGCUCACCUGACAGACAUGCAGGCGGGAGAGAUGCUCCUGCGGGAGCACGUGCUGAUCCACCUGUCAGCCCCAGCCGACAAACUGGGCGCGCUCCUAGCCAUGACCGCCAAGCUCUUCUCUCUGGCCGCCGGGCUCUGCGCAGAAGACAACGCCGAUGCUUUGAGCAGCCACGAGGCUCUGCUCCCCGGCGCGCUGCUGUCGAAAUUCAUG